AUGGAGGAGGAUGAGAAGAGCAAUGAAAAGGGCAAGAUUGCUUCGUCUUUUUCAGAGAAACUAAGAAGAAGAAGUGAAGAGACAGUGUUUCAAAGUUUGAAUAUUGGAGAUGAUGCAUCAUGGAAGAGUGUUGAAGAAAGAGAAAGCGAGAGAAGAAGAAGAGAGGUGAAUGAAAUAUUCAUCAACAACGAUGUAUUAGAAGAAAUUAUGACGAGGCUGCCCGUGAAAACCCUAAUUCGAUUCCAAGCGGUCUCUAAAGACUUGAGACAUAUCAUAACGUCGAGGUCUUUUAAAGAGGGAUACUUGUUGCAUCAGAAAACCUUGGAACCCAAAUUUCUCUGUAUCUACGAAGAUAAAAGCUGGUACACGCCAAACUUUGCUCUAAAGACGAUGAGUUUGGAAUGGUCUUCGACUUGUCUAGUCGACGAAGAAGAAGGAUAUCAUACUAAGUACGAAGAGUCGAACUUGCUAGUUUCAAGGAGUCUCGAUGGUCUUUUCUUAUUAUUUAGUUCUACGGACUUUACACAACCGAUUAAUGUGAUAAACGCAGCUACAAGAUGGUCUUGGACACUCCCUCUAGCCAAGACUCAGAUAGAACAUUCUCUAGACAACAACAAGGUACAGUUCCCUCAUCCGGAGUUUGGAAAAGACGCCCCAGGGCUUGGAAAAGACUACAUCACAGGAACAUACAAACUAGUCUGGUUACAAAACAUUGAUAACACAUCAUUAUGCGAGGUUUUUGAUUUCGGUCCUAAGCAAUGGAGGUCAGUGAUUCCACCUCAUCCUCCUCAUGUGAUAGAGCAUGAACAAAUACCAAUUUUUGUAAACGGAUGGUUUUAUUGGUUUAGCCAAGAUAACACAAAAUUGGUUGCUUUUGAUCUUCACUUGGAGGUGUUUCGAAUAGUUCCAAAUCCUAUUAUUCAUGCAUCAUCAUCUGUUGGUUUGCAUAUGGAGAAUGUCAAUGAUGACCAUCGUCUUGUGUGGAUGUCAGAGACAACUGGAGAUGGCUUGCAACAUGUUUGGAGGCUCACUAACUACAACAACACAGGAGGGACAUUAUCAAUAGUGGACAAGAUAUUCACAUUUGACUUGAACAAGAUUAACUCCACUUGGUUUGAUUCUCACUAUUCUUCGCGCCUCAGAAUAAAUACAAUUUCCAAGAACAGUGACAAAGUGAUGCUUUCAAAAUCCCGUUCUCAAAACCUUCUUCUAUUUCAACAUACAAAUCCUACUUCUAUUCGUUAUGACAUCUUUUCUUAUUAUCCUUUUCGUCCCAGUGACAGUCUCGUUCUUCCUUAUUUCCCAAGUUUAGUCUCUCUCAUCUAA